UUUUUUUCCCUACAUACAACUGGCGACAGCAACAAUUGUCUGGCAAGAUACCACAGAAAAGUAGGAAAUUGCGAAUCGACAAUGUCUCACCCUCCCGAUCCAAAUACGACCCAGGGAGCUCGCCAGGUCACAGCAACCUUUGGCGAUGACUAUGACGCAGAGUCAUCGUUGCCAGCAGCGCAUGAGCAGCAGCCUCUCUUGCGACCAGAAGAUGAUGCGGCAGCAUGGAAGCCACCCAGAGGUUUUGUAUGGAUUCAAAUCGCCAUCAUGUCGAAUGUGUUUCUCUCGGGGUUCGAUGGAACUAUCACGGCUUCAACCUAUGCCGUGAUCAGUUCGGAGUUCAAUGCGGCCAAUACGGCCUCGUGGUUGACGACCUCGUAUCUCAUCACUAGCACUGCCUUUCAGCCAUUGUACGGUCGCCUGUCUGAUAUCUUUGGAAGAAGAGCGUCUUUCUUUACGGCCACUAUCUGCUUCAUGGCUGGAUGUCUAGGAUGUACGUUGGCGAGGGAUGUCCUUGUUCUCAAUCUGAUGAGGGCAUUGACGGGUAUUGGAGGUGGAGGAUUGAUGACCAUGGCCACAAUUGUCAACUCUGAUCUCAUUCCAUUCAGAAGGCGCGGAAUGUACCAGGCCACACAGAAUGUGCUUCACGGCUUUGGAUCGAUCUGCGGCGCUUCGUUUGGAGGGACGAUCGUAGAUUCAAUUGGAUGGCGUUGGUGUUUCCUGCUACAGGUCCCAAUUUCUAUUUUUGCUCUGGUGACCGGUCAUCUCGUGCUCAAGCUUCCUAGAAGGGAUGAUUACGGACAGUCUAGCCUCGGCUUCCGAGCGAUCUGGAAGUAUGUCGAUUUGUCUGGUGCAUGUCUUCUGAUUCUUGGACUUUCGAGUCAGUUGGUUGGACUGAGUCUGGGUGGAAAUGUGCUUCCUUGGAGUAAUAUUUGGGUCAUUCUAUCGCUGGUGGCAAGCGUGAUUCUCCUGGCGAUCUUCAUGGUCAUUGAAGCGAAGACGACCGCAAUUCCUCUAAUUCCCCCGAGGAUGUUGCAGGGAGUUUUGCCCAUCGCCACUCAGGUUGCCAAUGUUUGUGUUGGAAUGGCUGCUUAUGCUUUCCUCUUCACUCUUCCUCUGCUCUUCCAAGUAGUCCUGCUGGAUUCAGCCACCAAGGCCGGUGCAAGACUAGCUAUCCCAUCCUUGGCGACACCGAUCGGUGGACUUAUUUCUGGAAUUGUUAUGUCACGAUGGGGCAAAUUGGCUUAUCUUGUACGUCUUGGCUCGGUGUUGAUGUGUAUUGGGAAUCUACUUGUGAUGGCCCUGCAAUUCAACGAUUCGGGAUGGAAGUACUUUGCCUAUGUGAUUCCCGCCAAUUUGGGACAGGGCAUCGUGUACCCGGGGAUUCUAUUCACCUUUUUAGCUGCAUUCGACCAUGCUGACCACGCCGUGUCUGCAUCGACUGUCUAUCUCGUUCGUUCGCUAGGAACCGUCUGGGGCGUUGCGAUAUCGUCCGCAAUUGUCCAAAACACAUUAUACUCAGGCCUUCCAGAGGCCUUGAGUGAAAUACCAGAUAAAUGGAAAGUAACACCUUCCUUGCUCCCGCAUAUUAUUGAUGAUAUCCGGCACUCGGUGUCUGCGAUUCAUGAUUUGCCCCCGGAUAUCCAGAUGGCUGCUCGAUUGGUUUACUACAAAGGAAUUCGACUUUCUUUCCUUGCGUCUGGUAGCUUUGGACUGAUUGCGACCGUUGCUGCGUUCUUUACCAAGGGCAAGGGGUUGAGUCGAUCGAAUGAAUAGAUAGACUCGACUAGAUGCUGGAGAGUAAAGGUAAGUUUGAGAUGGAUUAGGGGAUGGAUAGUGUGAGACAGGGCGAAGAAGCUAUACUAGAUGACACCAUCUAGCUGAGUCUAGAAGAAUGAGAUUGAG